AUGGCCAGAAAAAAUAAAAAUACCACUCAAAAGCGUAAAGAAUUACGUGAACGAGAAACGCAAUUCAUUAAGGAAUUGGAAACACGUAUUCAAGAAUAUGAUCCCAGUUUACAUGUAAAAGAUCAACUUUUUGAUGAUUUGCCAAUUAGCCCAAAUACUUUACGUGGUUUAAAGGAAGCUGCGUUUUUGAAAAUGACAGAUAUUCAAAAAAAAUCCAUUCCGAUAUCUUUGAAAAACAACGAUAUUUUGGCAUCUGCUAAAACUGGGUCUGGUAAAACUUUGGCAUUUUUAAUUCCAGUUUUGGAAAAGUUAUACAGAGAAAAAUGGACCGAGUUUGAUGGAUUAGGCGCCUUGAUUAUUUCACCAACUCGAGAGUUAGCCAUGCAAAUUUAUGAGGUUUUGGUUAAAAUCGGUAAAUAUCAUUCCUUCAGUGCCGGUUUGGUUAUUGGUGGAAAGGAUGUUAAAUUUGAAUUGGAAAGAAUGUCAAGAAUCAAUAUUUUGGUUGGGACACCAGGUAGAAUUUUACAACAUAUGGACCAAGCUGUUGGUUUAAACGUCUUAAACUUACAAAUGUUGGUAUUGGAUGAAGCUGAUAGAUGUUUAGAUAUGGGAUUUCAGAAAACUUUGGAUGCAAUUGUUUCAAAUUUACCACCUUCAAGGCAGACCUUAUUAUUUAGUGCUACUAUAUCACAAUCGAUUUCCAACUUGGCAAGAUUGUCUCUAGCUGAUUAUAAAAUUGUAGGCGAUGACAAUGAACAGCAACAGCAAUUGAAAACCACGAAUUCAACGCCAGAUUCUUUGCAGCAAUACUACAUUGAAGUUGACUUACCACAAAAAUUAAAUAUCUUAUUCAGUUUCAUUAAGUCUCAUUUGAAAAGCAAAAUGAUUGUAUUUCUAUCUAGUUCCAAGCAGGUCCAUUUUGUUUAUGAAACGUUUAGAAAACUGCAACCUGGUAUAUCCCUAAUGAACUUACAUGGCAGACAAAAACAAACAGCUAGAACAGAAACUUUGGAUAAAUUUAGCAGAGCUCAGCAAGUCGUUCUUUUUGCCACAGAUGUUGUUGCCAGAGGCAUUGAUUUCCCUGCAGUAGAUUGGGUAGUACAAGUUGAUUGUCCAGAAGAUGUUGAUACUUAUAUUCAUAGGGCAGGCAGGUGUGCGCGUAAUGGUAAAAAUGGUAAAUCUUUAAUAAUGUUAACUUCCCAAGAAGAGCCAGGAUUUUUAAGUAGGCUAAAAAGCAAAAAUAUUGUGCCAUCAAAAUUAAAUAUUAAACAAAGCAAAAAAAAGAGCAUUCAACCUCAAUUGCAGUCGCUAUUAUUCAAAGAUCCCGAAUUGAAAUAUUUAGGCCAAAAAGCGUUUAUUUCUUAUGUUAGAUCAAUUUUUAUUCAAAAAGAUAAAGAAGUUUUCAAAUUUGAUGAAUUACCAACAGAAGAUUUUGCACAAUCAUUAGGGUUGCCAGGUGCACCUAAAAUUAAAAUCAAAGGUAUGAAAACAAUCCAAAAGGCCAAAGAGUUGAAGAACACUUCAAGACAAUUAUUAUUACUGGGCAAAGCUGAUGCUAACGGUGAAAUCGUAAAAGAUCUAGCCGAAAAAGAAACAAAGACCAAAUACGAUAAAAUGUUUAAUAGAAAAAACCAAAGUGUCUUGAGCGAACAUUAUUUGAAUAUAACUAAAAGUUCUGCUGAUCAUGACGAAGAUGAAGAUUUCAUGACUGUCAAAAGACAUGACCAUGAAUUGAAAGAACAAGAUCUACCUGCAUUAUUAGUUCCAACUUCUAAAAGGGCUAUGAAAAGAGCUUUGUCUAAAAAGGCGUCUUUAUCCACUAAAGGAAAUGCUAGCAAAUUGAAAUUUGAUGAUGACGGUACUGCACAUCCAAUAUAUGAAUUAAUUGGUGAAGAAGAUUUUCAUAAAGAGGGAGACGUUAAAACACAAGUGGAUAAUUUCAUUAAUAAAGAAUCUGAACUUAUGGCAAAGGCUGAUGUUGAUGACAAAAGAACGGUGAAGGAAAAGAGAAAGGAAAAGAAAAGAAAAAGAUUAGAAGCUUUAAGAAAAGAAAUGGAAACUGAAAUGGCUAGUGAAGAUGAAGAUGCUAAUGUUUAUAUUGCUGGUACUGGUAAUUUGAGUGAUGAUAUGCAAGAAGAUGAUGAUCAUUCUUCGGAUGAUGAAGAAGCCGUAAGAAAGAAAGCUAGAUAUGAUAACAGUAGUGAUGUUAGUGAUAAUGAUAAUGAUAAAGUUGGUGAAAAUAACAACAAUAUAAUUGAAUAUGAGGAACCCGAAACAUUAGAGGAACUAGAAAGUUUAACCUCAAAUCUUAUUAAGCAUUGA